AUGAAUCAAGAUGUUUUGCCCCAUGCACCCAGUAGAGGCAAUAAAAAGUGGGACAGGGACACUGUACUUCCGUUUAUUUUAUUACCACUUCUAUUCAUUAUUGGUACUGUAUCCCUUACGGUGACAAUAAUUGUUAUGCUUUUCAUUGGAAUGGGGACAUUGUAUGUACUGUCCCGUCCAAGACAGAAAAACAGAUCGCCAUUCUUCUAUUCAUGGACAUUAUCGUCAGGAAUAUGCAUGUUUCUUGUAUAUGAACUUGGUGUAUUAUCAAUGUUACAGAUCACUCAAUUAGAGAACUUUAUAUUUUUAGUACUAUUAGCUGGAAUGUGUUAUUGUUUUUAUAAGAUGAAAGCGAUAGCCGAAUUUGAGUUAUAUCUAGGCUCCAAAGGCAAGGAAUACAGUCCAGUAUUAACAUCAGAUUCAUAUUACUGCCAAGUGUGUCAAUUAGAAGUAAAUGAAAGGUUUUUUCACUCAAUUUGGUGGGAUUGUUGUGUUUUUAGACCUAAUUACUUAUAUUUCCUGUGUGGGCAGAUCUUUGCUCUGGCAACAUUGUUUCUUGGUGCUAAUUUGGGUCUAACUACAGUAUGCCAUCCAGCAAUGUUGUACGGAUCUAUAUUGAUACCCCAGGAUUGUAAUGGGGUAUAUUUUGAAUUCAACUAUGCGUUAUGCUUUGUUGCUUGCGUCUACGCAAUUGGAUACUUAUUAGUAAUUGUACUGGUUUUAUUACGGCAGUUAUUUGUAUACCUUCCGAAAUAUAUCGAGCCGAAGUGGAAAAGACUGAUUAAUGUUUGA